AUGGCCACCACAGCUUCCGACAGGAAGCGUAGGCGGCGCACCAGGCGUCGCCAGGACAAGCCGCCCAUAUCCGCGCGUCUAGUCCUCGAUGACCAGAUCAAGGGCGACGUUGGCGUGCUCUCGCCCGAUCUGUUUCACGAGCUGUUCCCCAACCAAGAGGUCGCUCACAUUGCCCUCGCGCCCUGGACGCCUCUGGCUACGCCCUCCGAUGUCCCGUGGUCCGUGGUCCCCGUCCGCCCAGCCUCAAACUCUCUCCAUCCGACGACCGUCCACUUCUCGCCGUCCUCGUCCUCCCUGCAGCGCUUUGCCGUCGCCCUCCAGCGUCUCGCGCCCUCCAAGCUUGCCGGCCACAGGAGCGGAAUCGACGUCCUCAUCCUCGACGCGGCACCCAUCCCCCUCGACACCGUAUACGUCAGCCUCGAGGGCGAGCUGUCGCGCAGGCUCGAGGCGGGCGAGGGCACCUUCUACAGAGACCACCCCAUCGCUGGGCACCGAGGCAAGGGUCUCACGGAGGACGACAAGCUCGCGGGCGCCUUGCGCUAUGCGCUGAGCAGCCUCAGCGUUGUCCACACAGAGGACUUGUUUCCCCUGCCUCUGCCACCUCAUCCGGUGACGCACAUUCCGGCCAACCCUGGCAAGAUUGUGCUCUGCGAGCCGGUGGCGCAGGGCGUCCUGACCGACGCGACCAAGAUCAUCCUCAUGCGCGGACGCGGUCACGGGAAGAGGGCGCGACUGGCGGCCCCAGCGAUGCCGGCAAGUCGCAAGGCAAUCAAUGGCAUCCGCGAGGAGGAAGAUGACGACGGCGCGACGACGGACCAGUUCUACUCGGCGGCCGAAGAGCGGGAUCGAUCCGAGACGCCGAGCGCGGCGGAAACGGAGACGGCCACGGAGACGGAGACGGAGACGGAAAUGUCAGAGCUGGAUCGUGACGAGGGAGACGCCGACGAGCUCUCGGAUGAUUCCAUGGACGACUUGAUCUCCCUGCAGGCGCCGACGUUGCCUGCUUCGUCGGCCAGCGGCGUGUCCACCAUGCAGCCUGGCUCGCCCAUGACAGUGGGAACCAUCCGUGGGAGGCGAACGAACGGCGUCGCGACGCCUGGCUCCGUCUUCUCCAACAUGACGUCCAUGACGGCCCGCCCGGACCGCCCCAGGGGUCGUCUCUUCAAGGCACAGGGGCUGAUGCGUGGGAUGCCGGCAGAUCUGCUCCAUCCCAAGCCGGCCCCCGAAGAUGACGACGAGGCACGCGUCUAUGUGCACGUGUCGUCGCUGCCCAAGAUUGGCUGCUUCUCGGGCGACUGGGUCCGUCUGGAGGCUGCGUCUGAGCCGCCCGUCAACGGCUUCGGUGCGUUUGGUCUGGGGAGCUUUGGUCAGCAGGAGGCGGAGUCAGCCAACUGGCGACCCGUGAGGGUCUAUGGCCUGCCUGAGGGAUACGCGCCGCGGCCGAUGACGAGGAUACCGAGCGCCAGGCACGGCGAGCGCAAGCUGUCCUUUUUCGAGUCGCAGGUGCAACCGACCCAGAGUCCGACGGCUUAUGCCUCGCCCAUUCUGCUAGCGAACCUGGAAGACGCGAGCUACCUGCGCAUUGCGCCGCUCAAGAGGUCUGCGUAUCAGGGAAAAGGGACCCUGCCUCGGUUCACGAGUGCCUCCCGCCCGCCAUACGCUCGCGAUAUCACGGUGCAUCAUGUGCGGACACCCGUGUCGGCGGAACGCGCCUAUCAGACCGCGGUCCUCGGUGGUCUGAAGCACUACUUUGCGUCCAAGACGCGGCUCGUCCGUCCAGGGGACCUGAUAGCCGUGCCUGUCGACGCUCAGCUUGGUCGAGCCCUGCAGGAGAUGCCUGGCGCACCCGGCGGCGGGUCCGAGGUGGACGAUGUCAUGGCCCUGACGACCGGUGGACAGAACCACGCCGCCGCGCACAUUGACGGUGUCGCUUGGUUCAAGAUUGGGCACAUUCGGAUCCAAAAGGCCGACGAGGACGAAGACAGCUCCGCUGAAGCCUUUUGGGGGAACGUGGCCUGCAUCGACAGCUCGUCCGUGGGCAUGCAUGGCUCCGGGUUCCAGACGAGUCGUAUCCCAGGCACCAGCAAGAGCACAUGGCAAUACUAUCUAGGACUGCGGAAGCUACCACUACGCGACCCCGACGGCCCGCCCGCGGCACUGCCGCCUCCUGAGCGCGACCAGCAGCAGCAGAGCUACGUCUCGCCGUUGCGGCACCAGCUCAGACAGCUGCUGGCGGCCGCGACAAGCAAGAGGGCGAUCGCGCUCAAGAUGCCCCCCGUCGCCAUCCUACUGACCUCGACACAUCGAAACAUUGGCAAGAGCACCCUCGCCGCCGGGGCCUGUGGCGACAUUGGCCUGCACACCUUCACCAUUGACGCGUUCGACAUCUUGAGCGAGGGCGGCAACGGAGGCGGCGGCAGCGAUGUCAAGACGGAGGGAUUCCUUCGCACGCGUGCCGAGCGUGCCAUGAGCUGCGGGCCCGACUGCUGCGGGCUGCUGAUACGGCACGUCGAAGCACUCACAGCGGACAGGAUCGAGGUCACGCUCAAGGAGAUCCUAGACGACACGAGGGUGCUCAUCGCCACGACCAACGAGGUCGACAAGGUCCCCGACGGCGUGCGAGCCCUCUUCACCCAUGAGCUCGAGAUGGGCGCGCCCGACGAAAAGGAGCGCGAGGCUAUCCUGCGCAACAUCCUGGACGAUCGCGGCCUCGGUCUCGAGCCCAGCAUCGAUCUCAACAGCGUCGCGUUGAAGACGGCCGCGCUCGUCGCGGGUGACCUGGUCGACGUGGUCGACCGCGCCUCGGCAGCGCAGCAGAACCGCCUGGAAACCCUGGUCGCCGACACGCCCCUGACCCUCCGGGACGUGCAGGUUGCCGGCGGGACCAUGGCGCGGUGCCUGACGCGGGCCGACCUCGACGCGGCGGUCGAGGCGGCGCGCAAGACAUUCUCCGACUCCAUCGGCGCCCCCAAGAUCCCCAACGUCACCUGGGACGACGUCGGCGGCCUGUCCAACGUCAAGGACGCCAUCACCGAGACCAUCCAGCUGCCGCUCGAGCGGCCCGAGCUGUUUGCGCGCGGCAUGAAGAAGCGCUCCGGCAUCCUCUUUUACGGCCCGCCCGGCACGGGAAAGACGCUGCUCGCCAAGGCCAUUGCGACCGAGUACAGCCUCAACUUCUUCUCCGUCAAGGGCCCGGAGCUGCUCAACAUGUACAUUGGCGAGUCCGAGGCCAACGUGCGCCGCGUCUUUCAGCGCGCCCGCGACGCCCGGCCCUGCGUCGUCUUCUUUGACGAGCUCGACUCGGUCGCCCCCAAGCGCGGCAACCAGGGCGACAGCGGCGGCGUCAUGGACCGCAUCGUGUCGCAGCUGCUCGCCGAGCUGGACGGCAUGUCCUCGGGCGACAGCACGGGGUCCGGGGGUGUCUUUGUCAUUGGCGCCACCAACAGGCCCGAUCUGCUGGAUCCGGCGCUGCUGCGACCGGGCCGGUUCGACAAGAUGCUCUAUCUGGGGGUGUCGGAUACGCACGAGAAGCAGCUCACCAUUCUGCAGGCUCUGACGCGCAAGUUCACGCUCGAUCCGACGCUCUCGCUGCGCAGUGUCGCCAACCAGCUCCCCCUGACGUACACAGGCGCCGACUUCUACGCCCUGUGCUCCGACGCCAUGCUCAAGGCCGUCACGCGCCAGGCCCAGAUGGUCGACAGAAAGAUCCAGCACCUGCGCGCCGACAUGUCCACCGCGUACUUCUUUGAUCACCACGCCACACCCGAGGACCUGGCGGUCGUGGUCACCGAGCGCGACUUUCUGGCCGCGCAGCAGGAGCUCGUGCCCAGCGUUAGCCAGGGGGAGCUGCAGCACUACGAAAAGGUCAGGGCUACCUUUGAGGGCAGCGGCGAGAAGAAGCCCGACAAGGGCAAGGGCAAGGGCAAGGGCAAGGCGAUAGAGUACGCCGUCCAGGACAAGGGCAAGGGGAAGGCAGCCGAGUAUAGCUACGACGACGGAGAGGCCAACGGCACCGUGAGGAGGAAGAGAGACAAGGGCAAGGGCAAGGCUAUCGCGGGUUUCGAGGAUGGCACGGCAAGCGAUGAUGACGGGUUAUAUUAG